UUUUUUCUCUUGCCCCCUGUUCCCUCUCUUUCUCAUUCUUCACUCCUCUUUCCACAUGGUCAUGGCCAGCUCUCGCCCCUCUAUCUUUUCUUUCUCUCUUUACUUCUCUCUUUUUCUUCUCCUUCUUCUCUAUAAUAAAGCUUUAAAACUAUGGGCUGCCUCUUCUUAUCAAAACCCACCAUGUAGGAGCAAUCUCAGCGUCUCCAGCAGUCAGAAGGGACCAAAGGAGCAAAGGACCAAAGCCCAGCCAGGCUUUCUCUACAGGUACACCGGGACUCUUGCUAGGACGGCCCCACGUUCUGAGCAAGGACCGCCCCCCAUAGCCCGGCAACCUCUUUCCGUAGGUACACAGGCGCCCGCCAUCCCUAUACAGCCUUGCAGCAAAAAGAGGAUAGAAUGUCACCUGGACACAGAAAGAAGAAAAGCACAUGAAGAACCCACAUUCGCCAGCCACUGCGGAGGACCAGUUUCAACCAGCUCUGAAGCAAAGAUAGGAGACGGAAAUAAGACUGAACAGAGAGACAUGGUGAGAAGAGGCAAAAAGCAGACGACUGUUCCACCAGGAAAGAUUGUUCCACCAGAAAAGACAGGCAGAAGAGUCCGCCCUGGGUGGACUCUUAAAGCAAUCAGAGACUGGCAGAAAACAGAGAGGGGAAACAGAGACGAGAAACUAUCUUUCGUGCGUCCCUGUAAGUUCGUGUGGCUGUUGCUGUUCAUCAGGGGCAAAUACUUGGCAAAGGCAGCCAGGUUCUCAUCAGCCCGAGAAAGCAGAGGAAGAUGGGAGGGUGAAGUGCGCGUGCGCGGUGGGCAGUCAUUUCCUCCCAUGGCUCUUGCUCAGUUGCCGUCUAAGCAGACAGUGGGAGUUCACCUGCUCUUUCUCCUUCCAGACACUGUAAGAACAACGCUUCCUCUGAGGCCACCCUCCACCUCUGCCUUAAACUCUGCUGUCUGCCUUUCUACUCAUAAAACCUUGGAGGUAAACAACAAAGAUGAAGGCCAGCGGCCAGCGAGUAGAAAAGGCAACUCUCUCAAACUGCAAUUCUGAAAUGAAUCUGUCUGCGAGGGUUCCGUUCCAGGAAGCAAAGAAAGAAGUGUGAGAGAGGAAGAAAUCCCCUGAAGUACUUGCCCAGGGUCCCCUGAAUCUAAUAAGCCAACGUGUGCCUUCUUCAGCUUCUAAGGAUUAGCUUUACUUGAAUGGUGCAGAGCUGGGACUGUGAUCUGAUCCUCCUAAGGAGCCCGUUGUCAUCACAUCACAGUGGCUUGGAAAGCCCAGAGGGAGAGCUGAAUUUGGAGCUCAGCUCCCAGCUAUCAGCUGCCUUGUUUAAUCUCCUUCCGUUCAAGGCAGCUAGAAACACAAAUCCCAGAAGGUGAUCAUAGAUGAGCUUUGACAGAUGGCUCAAAAUUCAAGUGAUGGGUCCAUCCUAGACCAUGGUGGCGCACACCUUUAUUCCCAGCACUCGGGAGGCAGAGGCAGGUGGCUCUCUGAGUUUGAGGCCAGCCUGGUCUACACAGUGAGUUUCAGGACAGCCAGGGCAACACAAAGAAAUUCUGUCUCAAAAACAAAAAACAAAAAACAAAACAAAACAAAAAAAAAACCAUGAUGAUGAUGGACGAUGAUGAUGAAAAAAAAUUGGACUGGUAUCAAGUGAGGAACCCAGAGAGUUGGCCCAGUGGGUAGUUGUGGGAAGCCGUCCUGAGCUAUUCGGACUUACGCUUACUCAUGGCCCUAAGGUGGUGGCUGCUAAAAUAUAAGAACAAUUAACUAGAGCCUUCUUGAGCUAUCAGUGUGAGAAGAUUCCGAGAAUACCACAAGAUGUCCCUGCCCUAACCAUGGAAUGUACCUGCCUGGGUUAACUCUGGGUGUCCUCUCCAGAUGACCAGAUGACCUCCCUCGCUUGCUUCCUGCUUUCGACCCCUAGGGGUGUCUCUGCCCUUCCCUCCUUUGUCUGGUGUGAAGGUUAUUUCCUUCUCUGUAAACCUUAAAACCCACUUACCUUCCCGACAUUAAACGAAGCCUUGACACAA